GGGCCUCGGCCUGCGAUGCCGGAGGCCGGGAGCUGGGCUAGUUUUCAGGCCCAAUUAAGAGCCGGCCCAGCAGAGGAGCAGGUGGGCCCGCAUCUCAAAAAAAUGAGGAGCAUGUGGGCCCAUCGUAUCUUCCUCUCCUUCGCAGGAGGCUCGCAGCCACUGGUCGCGCGUAUCGCCUCGCUGUAUCUGCCACGGCAGCGAGGCCGGGUGGCUGACCGGAGGCCACAGCCCACAGCUCUGCCUGGAUUCCGCGAGGCCACGGCGCGUCCUGCCGUCGCCGGAGAGCCGCCCGCUGGAGGGAUGACGUCGCCGGCGCAGGCCGUGCUUGCGGUGGCGCUCGCGGCCAUCCUCUCGACGCCGGCUCCGCAGCCGGACACCUUCUCCAACAUCCCGCCCACGCUCUCCGGUGCGUCUCCAGCACGACACGUGCUUCCACUUAGCAGCACAGCACGCAUGGCCACUGUGGCCAGGGUCACUGACGAGGGCGUCCCGAGCUGGGCAGGGGGCGACGGGAAGGCGGAGCGGAUCAAGCACCCCAGGUCGGCCAAGGCGCUCCAGUGCACGACCAAGUGCGUCGGCACCUGCAUCCGCGGCGGCGGCGGCGCGCCCGGCGAGGGCCCCCUCAACGUCAGGAGGCCACUCGUGGUGUUCAAGGACGGGUUCCGGACCCGGCAGUACUGCCUGAUAGAAUGCUCAGAUAUCUGCAAUCGCAUCAAGGAUGGGAAGGAUGGACCCUGAGCCGUUCGUGACAGAGUAACAGAGCAAUUUGUAAAUGUGUACGGGGUUACUGAAGCAACUGUCAUGGCUGCAGGCUGGAUAGAAACCAAGUUCUUCUGCCAGGUCUCUAAAUGCAGCAUUUCAGAGGCGUUAAAGGUAAGGUAAACACUAACACAUGGGAUUCAGGGGUACUUGGUACUGGUAGCUGGAAUAGUUUGCAACAACCUGAGCAAAUCCGCUAGGAUUGCUCCCAGAAGUUGCAGUUCCAAUGAAACUAGCAGGGUUGCAGUAUAGUAAUUUUGGUAGCUCCCAGUGCGAUAGAGGGUAUAUAUAGAGAUUAAAUUCUCCAAGGAUUGGAAUUGUCUAAUUUUACAUUCUAGCUCCUACAUGAUAAUGAGUUCUUCGUGCACAAUGCAUGUGGAUA